AUGUGUCUGCAAUAUCCUCGUCGACCAAUAUGCAUGACGUGCGAUGAGUGGGUCCACAAGGAUCCGCCCAUUUACGCCACCCGAUUGUGUGAACGUGCAAUGUACAACAAUCCGUGCGACGAGUUACGCGAGACAACAAGAGCCGUGGACUUGCCGGGGGCUUACUGGUGCGCCCACUGCAGACUAGAGUACCAGCAUCGGUUCGACGAACAAGUCUUGAGAGGCACCCCACGGGAGAUACGUGAGCAUGAGGAGAAGAUCCGACAGCUGGAAGAUGAUGUCAGAGCCGAAGCUGCCUGGAGACUGGAAGAAUCCCAAAGGGAGGUUGAAGACGAAGACGCCGACAGAGAAUACCAUCUAGGGGAUGAAGAACAUGAAAGCAACGUACACCCCUGCAGGCCCAGAGACCCCUUCGGCGAUGUAUGGUCAGGGGUGCGAAGAGACACAAGUCCUGCCGACAGCACAGACGAGUUCCGUGAAUUUUUCAGAACACAGUUUUCGCGCCACGCAGAGAGGAGCAGGAGCCGUGCUCGAGGCGAGACUGAGGGUGACUCUGAUGACGACGAAGACGACGGUUUGGACGAGUAUCGUGAUUUUUUCGGAACACAGUUCGCGCGCCACGAAGCCAGGAUCAGGAGCCGUGCUCGAGGUGAGACUGGGGAUGAUUCUGAAGACGACGAAGACGACGACGACGAGAUUCGUUACCAUGGAACCCACGAAUACCGCUGAACAGAUGUACAACAUUGUACACGCUGCCGUGGGGAAAGUAACUUGAGUAGCCCCGGUGACCUUUGGCCGGUCACUCACCAUAGGUACUUGUAUAGAAGUCAAUAAUAUGAAUGUUGAAU